UAUUCUAGACUUCGGAGGCAAUGAGCCCCGCGCCCGCGUGCCCCCGGGGCCGCCCGGGGGCCCUGUUUUCCUCCAUCCAGCGGCGGGAGGUGGAGCGCGGCGGUGAGGAGGGCGGGCAGGAGAGGAGCCCCCCAGUCCAACUUGGCCCCUGCUGGCCUCCCGAAACCUUCCCUAAACUUGGCCCAAGUUUCCGAGGAGAGCUCCAGGUGGGAGGGAGGUGUGAGUGCGGGGGCCCCGUGAAGGUCGCCCCCUCUCGCGGCUGCCGAGGAAAGUCAGAAGAGGCAGAAGUGGAUGUGAGAGAAAGAGAGACACAGAGAGACAGAGAGCCAAAGAGGGCAAGAGACUUGACUUUAAGAGACUCCUGUACUGACAACUCCAUGCAGUUCGGAACCAGAACGACUGCGGCUGAACCAGGGUUCAUGGGGACAUGGCAAAACGCUGACACUAACCUCUUGUUCAGAAUGUCCCAACAGGUUCCAGUGGCAUGUGCUGGCAGAGUGCUGGGUGCAGACUUUUGCCCAAACCUGGAGGAGCCAGACCAGAGGCUGGAAGUCCAGGCCAUCCGUUGCACACUGGUAAACUGCACGUGUGAAUGUUUUCAGCCGGGGAAGAUUAACCUGAGGACUUGCGAUCAGUGUAAACAUGGCUGGGUGGCACAUGCCUUGGAUAAGCUCAGCACGCAGCACCUGUACCACCCCACCCAGGUGGAGAUCGUGCAGUCCAAUGUGGUGUUCGACAUCAGCAGCCUGAUGCUGUAUGGGACACAGGCGGUGCCCGUGCGGCUAAAGAUCCUGCUGGACCGUCUCUUCAGUGUCCUGAAGCAAGAGGAGGUGCUGCACAUCCUGCACGGCCUGGGCUGGACUCUGCGGGACUACGUCCGGGGGUACAUCCUUCAGGAUGCUGCCGGCAAGGUGCUGGACCGCUGGGCCAUCAUGUCUCGAGAAGAGGAAAUCAUCACCCUUCAGCAGUUUCUGCGGUUUGGAGAAACCAAAUCCAUUGUGGAGCUGAUGGCGAUUCAGGAGAAAGAAGGGCAGGCCGUAGCUGUACCGUCUUCAAAGACAGACUCAGACAUAAGGACUUUCAUCGAGAGCAAUAAUCGCACCAGGAGUCCCAGCCUCCUUGCUCACCUCGAGAACAGCAACCCUUCCAGCAUUCAUCACUUCGAAAACAUCCCCAACAGCCUUGCGUUUCUGCUUCCAUUCCAGUACAUAAAUCCAGUCUCAGCCCCACUGCUCGGAUUGCCUCCAAACGGGCUACUAUUAGAGCAACCAGGACUGAGGCUGCGGGAACCAAGCCUCUCCACCCAGAAUGAAUAUAAUGAGAGCAGUGAAUCGGAAGUCUCUCCCACACCUUAUAAGAACGAUCAGACACCCAAUAGAAAUGCCCUGACCAGCAUUACUAAUGUGGAGCCCAAAACCGAGCCAGCCUGUGUGUCCCCCAUUCAGAAUUCUGCCCCAGUCAGUGAUCUGACCAAAACUGAACACCCAAAAAGCUCAUUCCGGAUUCAUCGGAUGAGAAGGAUGGGGUCAGCCUCCAGGAAAGGAAGAGUGUUCUGUAACGCAUGUGGGAAGACAUUCUAUGACAAAGGUACUCUCAAAAUUCAUUAUAAUGCUGUUCACUUGAAGAUCAAACAUCGAUGCACCAUUGAAGGUUGCAACAUGGUCUUUAGUUCCCUCCGAAGCCGUAAUCGCCACAGUGCAAACCCUAACCCUCGCCUUCACAUGCCUAUGCUAAGGAAUAACCGAGACAAAGAUUUAAUUCGGGCCACAUCAGGAGCUGCCACCCCCGUCAUAGCAAGUACAAAAUCAAAUCUCACACUCACAAGCCCUGGCCGGCCCCCAAUGGGUUUUACCACUCCCCCACUAGACCCUGUCUUACAGAACCCACUCCCUAGCCAGCUGGUGUUUUCUGGACUAAAGACUGUCCAACCAGUUCCUCCAUUUUAUAGAAGUUUACUCACUCCAGGGGAAAUGGUGAGUCCUCCAACCUCCCUCCCAACCAGUCCCAUCAUUCCAACCAGUGGUACCAUAGAGCAGCACCCCCCACCACCCUCUGAGCCAGCAGUGCCAGUAGUAAUGAUGGCCACUCAUGAGCCCAGUGCUGACCUGGCACCUAAGAAGAAGCCCAGGAAGUCCAGCAUGCCUGUGAAGAUCGAGAAGGAAAUUAUUGAUACCGCUGAUGAGUUUGACGAUGAAGAUGAUGACCCCAAUGAUGGUGGUGCUGUGGUCAACGACGUGAGCCAUGACAAUCAUUGCCACUCCCAGGAGGAAAUGAGUCCAGGCAUGUCUGUGAAGGACUUUUCUAAGCAUAGCAGGACCCGGUGCAUUUCAAGGACUGAAAUAAGAAGGGCCGACAGCAUGACGUCUGAGGACCAAGAACCUGAACGGGACUAUGAGAACGAGUCUGAGUCUUCGGAGCCCAAACUAGGCGAGGAAUCCAUGGAAGGGGAUGAGCACCUUCACAGUGAAGUGAGUGAGAAAGUCCUGAUGAACAGUGAGAGGCCUGAUGAGAACCACAGUGAGCCCUCUCACCAAGACGUCAUCAAGGUGAAGGAAGAAUUUGCAGAUCCCACUUACGACAUGUUUUACAUGAGCCAGUACGGACUGUACAAUGGUGGGGGGGCCAGCAUGGCAGCCCUGCAUGAAAGUUUCGCAUCGUCUCUGAAUUAUGGCAGCCCUCAAAAGUUCUCCCCAGAAGGUGACCUGUGUUCUAGCCCAGACCCCAAAAUCUGUUAUGUGUGCAAGAAGAGUUUCAAAAGCUCCUACAGCGUGAAGCUUCACUACAGGAACGUUCACUUAAAAGAGAUGCACGUCUGCACGGUGGCUGGUUGCAACGCUGCCUUCCCCUCUCGCCGAAGCAGAGACAGAAACAGAAAUUUACGGAUGGAAAGAACCAUAGGUCCAGGACAUCGAGACAGCCUGCAUCUCCGUAGACACAGUGCCAACAUAAAUCUGCAUCGUAAACUGUUGACCAAAGAACUCGAUGACAUGGGCCUGGACUCGUCGCAGCCCUCCCUUAGCAAGGACCUCCGGGAUGAAUUUUUGAUGAAGAUCUAUGGUGCCCAGCACCCGUUGGGGCUCGAUGUCAGGGAAGACGCCUCCUCUCCCGCAGGGACUGAAGACUCCCACCUGAACGGGUAUGGGAGAGGUAUGGCGGAGGACUACAUGGUCCUUGACCUGAGCACCACUUCCAGCCUCCAGUCCAGCAGCAGCAUCCAUUCCUCCAGAGAAUCCGACGCAGGCAGCGACGAGGGGAUUCUUCUCGACGACAUUGACGGGGCGAGUGACAGUGGGGAGUCGGCGCACAAGGCCGAGGCCCCUGCCCUCCCUGGCAGCCUAGGGGCUGAAGUUGCAGGAUCCCUGAUGUUCAACAGCUUGUCCGGGAGCAACGGUGGGAUCAUGUGCAACAUUUGCCACAAAAUGUACAGCAACAAGGGGACCCUGAGGGUGCACUACAAAACUGUGCAUUUGCGAGAAAUGCACAAGUGCAAAGUCCCCGGUUGCAAUAUGAUGUUCUCCUCUGUGCGAAGCCGAAAUCGGCACAGUCAGAACCCUAAUCUCCACAAAAACAUUCCCUUCACUUCAGUAGAUUAGUCUCAGAACGGACACUACAAAUGCCAGCUCUCACCAGAUGGCCUACAUCUUUGAACUGCCAUAGUCAGUGUGUGCUUGUGUACUUGGGGGGUGUGUGUGCAUGUGU